AUGGAGCGGCAGAUGCAGGAGCUCGUGGACGGGUAUUUCUGUGAGUGGACGGAGAUCCUCAAGGACCCCGAGCGUCAAAAGGCCUUUAGGCAGUUUGACAACACGGACGAGGAGGUGGAAGGGGUGGAGAUUGUGACGGAGCGGCAGCAGCAGAGACCCGCAUAUUGGGCUAGCGAAGCCGCGGAACAGGACUUCAAGGGCCACCAAUGGUCUGAGCUGGCGUGGCAACCUCUUAUCCAGGUUGGCCACUUUGAUGAGUUCCCCACGGCUCAACAAAUGUGCCCCCACAAACGCGCCUUUAUCCUGUCUGACGGCAUCAUUGGAGAAGGGGACGGCAAGUACUGGGUCUCGUGCCCCCACCAUAAGCGCAACUUUGAGCUGAAUGGUAGCGAGGCCGGCAAGUGCUCGAACGAUGAGUCCAUGAAUAUUGCGACGUUUCCGGUCGAGGAGAGGGAGGAUGGGUGGAUCUACGUAAAACUUCCUCCCGUGCCGGAGCUUGAUGCCCUGCUGGGCACUUCGCGGUGGAAGACGAAGAGCAGUGAAUCGUGUAACCCGUUCGAACGGAUGGAUCAGAAGCUCGAGGGGUGCAAGAAGGGACGGAGGGCUAGAAAGCCCCAGGACGUGCCGAGAAAAGUGGUCACGACAAAUUCGAUUAGCUGGUGA